AUGGCGGCGGCGGGCCCGCGGCCGAACGCGGUCGCCUGCACCGCGGCCGUGGGCGCUUGUGGCACGGCCUCGCGCUGGGAGCACGCCCUGGCGCUCUUGGGGCUCAUCGACCGCCCCGACGCGCUGCCCUUCAACGCGGCGCUGACCGCGUGCGGCAGGGCCGCGCGCUGGGAGCAGGCGUUGGCGCUGCUGGGCCUCGUGGCGCGCGCCGCCCUGGAGCCCACGGCCGUGACCAGCAGCGCGGCGCUGCUGGCGCUGCUGGCGGGCGGGCGGCUGCAGGAGGCGAUGGGGAUGUACCGCCAGGAUGUGGAGACGGGGAGCCUGCCCGACCCCUGGAAAGGCGACCGCGUCCUCGACCUUCACGGCCUCCCCACGGAGGUGGCGCUCGUCGCCGUCAUGGCCGCGCUGGCCGACGCGCUGUGCGUCGCGCCGCGCACUGGUGGCCUGGACGUCGUCACUGGCCGCGGCCUGCACAGCCCUGGCGGCGAGGCCGUGGUGGCACCGGCGGUACGCACGCUGCUGCUCGAGGAGCUCCAGGUUCAAAUCGCCAGCGGCAGCGAGUCGCCGCUGGGGCGGGCGCGCCUGCCGGUGGAGUCGCUGCGGGGCCUUUCGCGGCGCUACGGGACAGACAAGGGAGAAGCGAUGCGCGGGAAAGAGAAGAUGCAGGACACGGCCGCGCUGGCGGACGUCGAGAAGCGGAGGCUGGACUCCUACACCGAGCAGAUCGCGGGCGUGGGAGGCACCCAGUCUGGGCGAUGA